AUGAAGAACGUGCCGCGAUGUGACAUUCCGGAAGGGAACCCGAGAAAGCCUCCGCACCCCGUGGAGCUGCAGUGGAUUGCGGAGGCGUGGGAUCAAGUCCCCACGAAUGUCAUCAUUGACGCGUUCCGCCACUGUGGGAUUUCAAGCAAGCUGGACGAGACCGAGAACCACCUGGCGUUGUCUCACCUGCGCGCGAGGAGCACCACCGAUGUCUCCGAAGACAUGUGCCUCGGGGGGACCACGGGCGAAAACACGGGCCUGCUUGGGCAGGCUCUGGAGGAGGAGGAGGAGGACGAGGAGGAGGAGGAGGAGGAGGAGGAGGAGGAGGAGGAGAUGCGGGUUGAGGGCAUCAGGGAGGUCGGCGUGGCAACAGGGCUGGAGGUGCUGUACUAG